AUGUCUAUUACAUCAUUCGACCAACAUGGCGGCAGCUUCCUCAACUUCAACUCCAGUCCCCCGCGCAUCUACCUCACCAGCGUAUCCCCCGUAUCAGAAAAGGCGCUCCUCUCCUGGAAAGAAGAGGGCUUCGACACGCAACACCUCCCUUACGACCCUUCCUCCCAAGCCGCCUACAUCCGCACCCUCAAAACCCUCGGAGAGUCCAUCAGCCUCGGUGAUAAAUUCGCCAUCGUAGCCUAUGGCGAAGCAGCGGGCAUAGUUCUUAAAAUAGCCAUGAAACCGCUGCCAAAGUGCUGUGCGAUUAUCGCAUUCUACCCACCAGUAUUGCCGAGCCCGAAGACCAAGUUCCCAAUGGCGAAUCAUAUACAGGUCCACGUUGCAGGCUUGAGCCAGGCGAGUGUAAGGCCGGAGAUGUACGACUGGAAGUUGUACCGGUAUGACAAGAAUAGUACCGGGUUUGCGGAGCCAUCGUCGAAUGCCUAUUCGGACGUAGAGGCGAAUUUGGCUUGGAGUAGAUCCUUGGCAUGUGUGCGCAAUGGUUUCAACCACAAGAGUGCUGAUCUGGAGCCGAUCAUACAGAAUGUUUGGAAUGCAAAGUAUGAAGAUGACGUUCCGGAGCGGGCAAGUAUGGCGGUGGUUCAGAAUAUGACGCAAAAUAGCCCGCAUAUUUCCAUUUUCCCGACACUAGAAGGUGGCGUAGGAAGGAAGAAGGUAGAGGAGUUCUACAGGGAGUUCUUCGUCCCUAGCUUGGUCGAAGAUUUCAAAAUACGCCUCGUGUCGAGGACCAUUGGAGCAGAUCGUGUAGUGGAUGAAAUGGUAGUAUCCUUUACGCACUCGGAUGAGGUUGAUUGGAUUCUCCCGGGUGUUCAGCCAACAGACAAAUUCGUCGAGAUACCCAUGGUCAGCAUUAUAGCAGUAAGAGGAGGUAAGCUGGUAUCUGAGCACAUGUAUUGGGACCAGGCCUCAGUUUUGAUGCAAGUCGGCCUACUAGAUCCCAAGGUAGUGCCGAAGAACCUCAGGGCCGGAGGCCUGAAGCGGUUGCCAGUCGUAGGAGCAGAAGCAGCGAAACAAUUGGUCGAGCCACAGCAGCAAAGAUACAACAAGCUGCUGCAGGAGCAUGGACUGAUGGAUGGCUUGGAAGGGUUGAAUGGCAAUUGA